UUGGGGUCCCCCCUCGCGUCCCGUCGGGGCUGCCGCCAUUUUCUUUGCCCCUCGCCGCAGAUGCUCAGGGUCUCGGUAUCUCCUCGCCGGCUCGGGGGAGGCGCGUUGGGCAGCCGUGUGGCGAGAAUGCCUAAGUCAAAGGAACUUGUGUCUUCAAGCUCAUCCGCCAGUGAUUCAGAUAGUGAAGUUGACAAAAAGGCAAAGCGGAAAAAGCAAGCAGCUCCAGAAAAGCCUGUAAAGAAACAAAAGACUGGUGAAAGUUCAAAAGGUGCAGCUUCUUCUAAGCAAAGCAGUAACAGAGACGAGAAUAUGUUUCAGAUUGGCAAAAUGAGGUAUGUCAGUGUUCGUGACUUCAAAGGUAAAGUCUUAAUCGAUAUUAGAGAAUAUUGGAUGGAUCAAGAAGGUGAAAUGAAGCCUGGCAGAAAAGGUAUUUCUUUAAAUCCAGAACAGUGGAACCAGCUGAAGGAACAGAUUUCUGAUAUUGAUGAUGCAGUAAGAAAACUGUAAAGACAAAGCCAUACAGAAACGUUUAUCAUUUUAGUUGUUUAAGCGUUCUUUUUACAUUGGCUUUUGUCUUCUAAAAAUAUUGUUUUCCAAGCUACUGUAUAUUUGGAUUGCAAAACAAUUUGUAAGAUGGAUACUUUUUUUAUGUGCAUUAAAAGUGUAUACCGA